AUGGUCAAUGAUGACGAGCUUAGCCAAGGGUUGAAGUCCAAUAUUCAAGAAUUGCAAAAUGUGCUGCGAGCUUACGAGGAAAGCUCCACUACAAAGGAACAACUUCAGCAAUUAAUCGAUCUACAAGGACGAUUAUCCAAAAAUAUACAAAAAAUACAUGAAACUAUUUGCCCAAGCUCCCAGAAUCCGCAGGCGAAGUUCGACCGUACCCGUUUUUACAGUGAAGAUAGCCCCUACGUGAACAAGAUGGACAAAAGUGGGUCAUUCCGGUUAGUUCCUCCAAUGAAGCUGCGAAGUAAGACUACACCGACGCAAUUAAAGAAGAAAGCAUCGACAAAGUUCCUACUAAGUAGUCUACAAUUACUAGAAAACAUCAGAAAUUUGCAAAGAUUGCAAAAGAGCUCCGUCAGAGACGAAGCAUCCAUAGAUGAGCCCACUUUCACAAAAAGUUGA